UUCGCAGCUCAGAUUGCAUAGUUUCAGCUACAGGCAAAGAUGAAGACAUGGAGGUGAGACGCCCCUGUGUCCCCUUACUACUCCUGACACUGCUCAGUUUCUUGGCAGGCAUCAUAAUUAGCCAAGCACUGACUCCCCACCGCCAGGUGAAUGGGGUUCUGGGAGGAUCAAGCUUGCUGUCUGUGGAUCUAUUGCCCGAGAAAAAUGUGAACAAAAUUGAAUGGAGCUUUCGUGCUGGGUCAGGUGUGACGAUUCAGGUGGCUGAAUUCAAUGGAGGAAAGUUUGAGCGACCCGAUCCCAGUGACAGAUUUAAGCAGAGGCUAGAAAAGUACAACGAGACCUCGCUGAGGAUCAAGGUUCUGGAGCUGGGCGAUCACGGAGUUUAUGAGGCCCGGAUUAAGAUAGUACCCGCAACUGUGGAGGAACAGGCCUUUCUCCUCGCGGUCUAUGAGCCAGUGCCAGCGCCAGAGAUAAAGAGUCACUCGCUCUCCAACACGGCAGCUGGGUGCAAUGUCACUCUGCAGUGUGAGGUGUCUGUCAGGGAAGAGGUUAAUGUCUCCUGGAGGAGAGGGAACCCACCUCAAGACCUGGGCAAUUUGGAGCGGUACCAGCUCACUCCUGAUGGCAGGACCCUUCACCUGUCUCUGCAGCCCAACCCCCCAGACUCGACCUUCACCUGCACGGCCAGCAACCCUGGGGACCAGAAGAGCAUCUCACUUGACCUGCAGAGCAUGUGCCAAAGCAGAGACACACCCAUGUGGAUGGGGCCUCUUUGCAUUGGACUGAUCGUCGUCACAGCAGUCUGUGUCGGGAUGUGGCUAUGGAAGACAGGGAGGAAAAAGCCAGUCGGCCGAGCUGCUGUCCCCACGGUCCCAGAGGAGGAAUGUCCUUCAGAGCCUCACUAUGCUGAGAUCAAGAGGAGGUGCCCUCCGGAGGGGAACGACCAGGACCCUGGCUUCCCAAGCGAGAGACUACCGAUCACCACCAUCUAUGAUCAGAUCCGAGUGGUCCCAGCUGGCCCCUCUGAGCAGGUUACCUAGGCCAGAAGCGCCAAAAAAAGUGUGUGGCAGAGACGACAAAGUCCUGCAGCAUCCUUGGAGGAUCUCCUGGUGGAAAGUGUGUGUGUUCUUGUGGGUCAGGAUCAUAUGUCACCUCUCGAGGAGGCAGCUGUGGCAGAUGUAAGACCUUGGAGUUUGCAAGACUCUGCUGAAAAUGCCCCAGACACGCAGGGCCUUUUGGGACAAGAAGUGGGAAAUGGAUUUCUUGGGGGAAUCCCAAGGGAAAGGUUCAUGCAAAUUCCCCCAACUCUGGUUCUGCAACCCCCCCGCCGCCCCAGCCUUUCAAAGCUACGCCCUGGGGAGCGCCUCAUUGUCUGCUGCAAACGUGAUGUGAGGCAAUGAAAGAAAAAGCUGAUCUGCCCAAUCUCUGCUCUGGUUCCAGAUCUAAGACAGAUGAAGUUGUAACCAUGGGAGAAAAACCCAGUUGUGGGUUUUCAAGGACUGAACCUACCAGAGCCCGAGGUUGGGGCUGGGGCUGAGCUCUGGGAAGCUUUUGAGCGUGUCUAGGUUAUUCUGUCGUCUUCAUCUGUUUGCUCUGUAAUGCUUUUACCUUAAGAAUAAAGGCGUUAGCCCAGCAGGA